AUGGACAGGAGGAUGAACUUGAACGGCGGCUCUGCGGACAUUUUUCACAAAACUCUCAGCGCCGUGUCCACUAAAAAAAUGGAUGCUUUCAGAUCGUCGGCCGGCAUUGAACUACCAGCCAGAGACCGUCAGUCACCGAUCAGCUGCUUUGACCAGAACGACCCAGACCCGAUUCAGCCGGGAGGACUCGCGGGAGGUAGAGGGGGUCCACUGGGUCUGCCGACCGGAUCUUUGUGUGUGAAUUUCGGUGAGAGUGCCAACAGGACCUCGGCGGCUGAGAGCAGCGGAGGAGAGCAGAGCCCCGACGAUGACAGUGACGGCAGGUGUGAGAUGGUCCUUCUGACCGACGGGCGGACGGUGAGCGCAGGGAAAGCGGAAGGAGGUAAGAAAACCAAAGAGCAGAAAAUACUGAGGCUAAACAUCAAUGCCAGAGAAAGACGACGGAUGCACGAUCUGAACGACGCACUGGAUGAGCUCAGGGGGGUCAUCCCCUAUGCCCACAGCCCCUCAGUACGGAAACUCUCCAAAAUUGCCACUUUGCUGCUCGCCAAAAACUACAUCCUCAUGCAGGCACAGGCACUGGAGGAGAUGAGGAGGCUAGUGGCGUAUCUCAACCAGGGCCAAGCCAUCUCUGCUGCUUCAAUACCGGCCACCACUGCCCUCGCAAAUCCCGGCUUGGGUGCGUACGAGCAGCCGCCUGGAUAUCCUUUCCCCACCGGGGUGGCUGGUUCCUCCUGCCCUGAUAAAUGUGCCCUAUUCAACAACGCCACCUCCAGCCUCUGCAAACAGUGCACUGACAAGCCUUAA